AUGGGCGGCUCAAAUUCUGUAAUGAACAAAGGGUCAUCCCAAGCAGAUAAAUACCAAAUGUCAUCGACUAAUUCCCAAUCAACAAUGGUUUCCCAACAAUCCUCUCCAAAAUCAUCCAAUAAUUCUUUAAGGAAAUCAUUUACACCUCUUCCUCCUCCUAAUAGUACAGUGCCCGAUGAAGAGGAUGAUAAUGCAGAUGAGGUUCUCUAUACGAGCAGCGAAUACAUGUUCGAUAGGGAGCUUCCUGUGUGGUUCUACUCGAGCAAUUAUAAUGGAUCUUUGGGAAGUAGGAGAGGUUCUCUCAAAAAGACUCGAUCCUUAGUGAUGGAUAGCACAUCAUCCAACAACCGGGAAGAGGCUAACACCAAUUCACCACCUCCUAAAAAAAGCACCAGCUAUCAAAAAUUGCACAGGCAAGAUUCCCCACCCUCACCAACACAUUCCAAUUCAUCUCCACUAUUAUUUUCAACACCUCCUCGACAAAGACCAAGCUUACUGACUAGUGUACUGAAAAAUUCAUCAGCACAAACCACUCCACCACCUCCAAAAGGAAAUCAAGUAUCUCCUUCUCAUCACUGUACAUCUACAACUGAUUUUUCUUCAUUCAAUCCAGUACCUUCUCCAUCUAUACCAAUACGAAGAGUUGAGAGUGUGGAAAAUUUUAGAUCUAGGUCACAAUCUGUCCCAAUUGAUUCAAUCAAUUCUGAUACUAGACAAGUUUCUAAACGAAACUCCAUUACAUGUUUUGUGAGUGAAUCAAAAGACAUGGAUGAAUUGCAAAUUCUUGUGACACCUCCAGCUUCCCCUCAUGAAUAUAUGAGUCCAUCAAACUCUCUCACCAUUCGAUCAAUAGAUAGUGAAAUGAGAUUGGCUAAAAGAGAAAAGAGAGAGAAAAAGAAAAAGACUUUGGAAUUGAAAAAGAAACAGGCAGCAUCGAGUGCUGCCAUCAUGAUGUCACAGGCCAGUUUACCUCCUCUCUUCCAAAAAAUACAAAUGCAUUCUACUCCAAAUCGUCUCAAGUCUAAGGAAUUGGAUGAACCAUCCAAGCAAAUGAUUCGAGUGAAAUAA